AUGUCGUCCUCGCUCCUCCCCACCACCUCCGGCGGGGCUCACAUCUGCCCGUCUCCGCCUCGACCGCGCCGCCGCCGGUGCUUGCCAAGGGCAGACGCGGCCAGUCCAUUGGACAAGUACGUCAAGAGGAAGAAGCUGGAGCCUUUGGAGAGCUACGUUCCGGCUGUCCUGCUGACUAUUGACCAAUUUGUUGAUCUGGAGAAAUCUUUAGAAUUUGAGAAACCAAUGUACGACCAGAGCAGAACAUUACUUCGCUCUGGACCGGCAUCAUCUUUGCGGGUCAACAUUCGGGCAGUGGCACAAUAUGCUUCUAGUAACGGUCAAGGCAAGGCUGCAUCAGACGCUGUGGACGAGUGCUUACGAGCAUUGGAAGAUCUUGACUCACUGCUACUACGUGCAUCACGGAAUGAUCCGUCAGCGUCCGUUGAAACCAUGAGGAGCAAGAUCAGUGUUGCCCUUGCAGCAUUAGACAAUCUCUUGCAAACGGUGCCAUCUGCAGUACUGGAUAAAGGAAAGGCGAUUGCUGAUGCAUACCGGACUCCGGUGGAUGAUUAUGUAGAGGAAAAUGCUGCCGAGUUGGAUCCCAGGCUGAAACAGUUGGAGGAUAUUCUUUAA